AUGAACAAUGAUCCCUUGCCAACUAGGUUUCAAAAUACACCGCAUACCGUUUAUGAAGAUCUUGCCGCUGAGCUCCGUGAACGUGUUCUGAGAUCAAAGAAUAUUGUCGUUGUGGGCAUUCCGGAAGAUACAAACUCGGAUGUAUUGAAAAUGAAAGAACAAGACAAACAAAAACUUCUAUAUAUCCUGCAUACUAUAAGCCCCGAUUCCCCUCAACCAAUUAAAAUAUACCGUUUGGGAAAACAAAUCUCCGGAAAAUCUAGACCCAUAAAAGUUUGCUUUGAAUCUGAGAGCACAGUUAAAUAUUUAUUGCGUAAUAAGACAAAGAUAAAGAACGAAAAAUUACGUAUAUACUCAGAUCAAACACUACUACAAAAGCAGUAUAUGAGCACCUUGCGAAAGCUCGAAGAACUAACUUGCAUUCUGAAAUACAUACCGGCCGAUGUGCACAUUGUGCUGCUAACAGAAACCUGGCUAACGUCAGAAUAUGAAGCACAAUCAAUACAAAUACCCAACUAUACGCAUGUCUUUAACAUCCGAUCUGGUGGUACGGGAGGUGGUGUAUCAAUCUUUAUACAUAAAAAUUUUACCUUUGACGUAACUGAAUCGCUUUACAAUGACACAAAUAACUACCUGUGGAUCUAUAUUAACAAACUAGCUCUAAAUAUAGGAUUGGUAUAUAGACCACCUGAUACAAACGUAAAUGACUUCUUGGAUAGAUUCUCAACAUAUCUCGAACAGCGAAAGCGAUGUGUCGUCUUUGGUGAUUUCAAUAUCAACCUGCUCUCUAAUGACUCCCGAGCAAUGGAGUAUCAAAACUGCAUAAGGGAAUCAGGAUACAUUUUAUUGAAUAAAAUUGAUGUAGAACAUUGUACGCGAGAGACGAACACAACUAAAACGAUAAUAGACCAUAUCUGCUCGAACGUGAAAGAACACCCAUUUCAAUUUUGUUUAGUUGAAUCUAGUAUGUCGGAUCAUAAACAAAUUUAUUUUGAAUUAAAAAAGCGUAUAGUUGUGCCAAAGCCAAAAAUACAAUACGAAGCAGUUAAUUAUACAUCUCUUUACUCUGAUAUGUCGCAAAAAAAUUUCACUAACGAAAAUCAUGUUUUCUCUAAUCUGGAAAAAUUCAUUCAAGAAAAUAUAAAGGCCUACAAAACACUUAAAACUAAAAUUCAAAACUUACCAAAGGAUGAUUGGAUAACACAAGAAGUGAUUAAUUGUAUCAACAUACGAAAUAAAGCAUGGGUUAAAUUCAAAAUGAAUCCCAAGGACGACAAAUUAAAGGAGCAGUUUACAAUUGAGCAGAAUAAAGUUAACAAACUGAUCAAACGACUAAGAAAACAAUAUUAUCUCAAUGCUUUUGAGAAUUGCAGGAGGAAACCUAAGAAGAUGUGGAACUUAAUAUCCAGUCUAAGCAACAACAAAGUAAAAAACUGCAAUGUCCCAUCAAAACUAGUAAUUAAUGGCGAUAUUAUUACGGACUGCACAGAAAUAUGUAAUACGUUCAAUAACUUUUUCUCAACGAUUGGCUCUGUUUUGGUGAAUUGUAUUCCUACACAUUAUCACAACCCAAACACUCACCUUUUCACACAACAAAACACAUCGACUACUCUUUUAAAUAGAUUCAAACCGUGUACAUCGCUGGAGGUCUUGAAAAUUAUUAAUAAUUUGGACAGUAAUUCAAGCUCUGGUAUCGACCAAAUAAAUACUAAAACACUAAAAUGUAUAAAAGAUUUAAUAGUGGAUGAAUUAGUCGCUUGUAUAAAUAAGUGCUUAGAUGAAGGAUCUUUUCCUGACAGCCUAAAAAUAGCUAAAGUUAGUCCCAUUUAUAAGUCUGACCUAAAAACUGACCCAAGUAACUAUAGGCCUAUAUCAGUUUUACCAGUCCUCUCUAAAAUAUUUGAAAAGAUACUUUACACGCGAAUAUAUCAACAUCUAAAUGAAUUUGACUUUCUCUCUAAAAAACAAUAUGGAUUUAGGCCGAAGGCUAAUACUUUAGCAGCUACCAUUGACUUAGUUAGUAAUAUAAAAAGUGCUAUUGAUAAAAAACAGGUGGCCGUAGGCAUAUUCAUUGACAUCAAAAAAGCAUUUGACGCGAUGCUAUUGAUAAUGCUAUCAAGUCCAAUACCAUUUCUCUUCUUUCUGCCAAUGUAA